AUGUUACCAGGAUAUAAACGUGAAAUGUUAAAACAUAUGCCCAUUGGCUGUUGUAUAAAAUUUAUUUUUAUUUUUGAUAAAGCAUUCUGGAGAGAAGAUGGUCUUAGUGGAGAAGUAAUCAGUGAUGGAAGUUUUGCUCCACAUGGACAUUCUAUUGGCCCAAUGACUUAUUUGAUUGAUGGUACAAGUUCCAAUGGUACACCUGCUUUGCUAGGUUUUAUUGGUGGUCGAUGUGCUUCUGUAUGGACAAGUGCAACACAUGAAGAACGACGUAAAGGUUUAAUUGAAUGUCUUUCUCGAUAUUUUGGUGGUCAUAAAAUUUCCACACAUUUAAUUGAAUAUGUUGAAAAAGAUUGGAAUGUAGAACCAUAUUCAGGUGGAUGCCCAUGUCAUAAUGCAACAACAGGAUCUAUGAAAGAUUUUGUUGAUGGUUUAAGAAAGUCAUAUAAAAUGAUUCAUUUUGCUGGUACAGAAACAGCUACUCAAUGGAUGGGAUACAUGGAUGGUGCAGUUGAUGCUGGACGACGCGCUGCGUCAGAAGUUUUAGUAUCGUUUCGUGAUAAUAAUCAAUUAAAAGAUAAUGAUAUUGAUCAAUAUACAUUUGAAAAUCAAAAUCGUAAAUAUCAGAAUGUUCGGGUACCACGAUCAAAAUUUUAUUAUGCAAUUCCGAUAAUUGUAGUUUCUAUUGCUGCCAUAUGUAAAAUGCUUUUUCCGAAAAUGCUCUAG